UGAUGGCAGUUUGAAUGAGAAAGUAAUCUGUAAGAAAUCCCUUUUCAUCCUCUCUCUAAACUUAGCAUUGCAGCGCAAAAAGAGACCCGGGCUUCAACCAGAUUUGACGGAACCGGUUAAAACAACCCAAAGUAGAAAAUGUACGCCUGUGCAAAGUUCGUCUCCACGCCGGCAUUGGUCCGUGCUGGUUCCCGGGCUCUUUACAGACCCCUGUCUGCCUCUGUGCUGUCCAGGCCUGAGACCAAAUCAGAGAGCAGUGUUGCUGUGAUGCCACAGAGCCCCCUCACCCAGGUCUCACUGAGGGGCUUCCAGACCAGUGCCGUCAGCAGGGACAUUGACACUGCUGCCAAGUUUAUCGGAGCUGGAGCUGCCACAGUCGGAGUAGCUGGAUCCGGUGCAGGAAUUGGGACAGUGUUUGGCAGUCUCAUCAUCGGCUAUGCUAGGAACCCAUCUCUGAAGCAGCAGCUGUUCUCAUAUGCCAUCCUGGGAUUUGCCCUGUCUGAAGCUAUGGGACUGUUCUGUUUGAUGGUUGCUUUCCUUAUCCUGUUUGCUAUGUAAAAAGAUCUGCUGUCAUACGACACUUUCAUUACAGAUGUGACUACAUAUUUUAUUGUGGCUACCAAAAUUGUUCCGUGUUGGUGUCAUGGAAAUGUACAUUUUCAAGUCUUUCAGACACUGUCAAAAUAAGCAAAACAUGUAUCGUACGAAUGUAAGGAAUUACGUGAUUAAAAUACAUGUUUUUGACUAUUUAACAAUGGCAGUAACUUUUAUGCCUGGAAUAUCAUGCUAGCACAACAGAACGUGGUCUGCUUUCAUGAAUGCCAUCUUUGAAGCAGCUUAGACUUGCCAUGCAUCAGCCUUGUUUUCUCAGAGCAUCACAUGCAAGCUUUUGGGGUCCACCUUAAUGAGUACUUGGUUCAGCUGAAGUUAAAUAGUUAUGUAAUUAGGCAGCAAGUGAGUGCUUGCUUUUGUAAAUGGCAUUGAAUAAAUCUAGACAGUUAAGUUAAAUAACGGGUUUUGACUUUUUUUAAUGUCAUGAAUGAAAGUACUUGCUGGGUUGUUUCAAAAACUGAUAGUCUGUAAUUUAGGCUAAUAGGACUGAACUUUGUUACAACCUGAAACAGUCAAUCAAUUUAAAAAUGUCAGUUUUAGUCCUGUAUUAUUGUUUGGGUCAUUUAUCAAGCACUAAAAACCCUAGAAUUUUAUGUUUCCAACUUCUCCAAACUCUUUUAGUUUUCCCAUCUUUUUGUACCAUCUUUUAUGCUGAUGAUCUUUAGAUGUCUAUUAAAUGAAGCCAUUACUGCAGAUGAAAAUGAGUAGUUGUGGCCCUAAACUUGGUGAUUAAAACAGAUUAUAUAAUUGA